AUGUCCACUCUCCACCGCCGCACCAGCAUCCUCCAAAUGCUUCAACACUGGGCUCUCACCUUCAUCGGCAACCUCGCCGGCUCCCUCUUCGUCAUGGCCCUCAUCGCCGGCUACGGCGGCAUCCUCUCCGACCCAGCCUACGCCUCCCAAACCAUCAAGUUCGCCACANAAAAAGUCGUCUCUCCACAAUGGCACCAAAUCUUCCUCCGCGGCAUCGGCGCAAACUGGUUGGUCUGUCUAGCCUGCUUCCUCGCCUGCGGUGCCCGCGAGAUGGUGUCCAAAAUCGUGGUGAUCUGGUGGCCAACAUUUGCGUUUGUGAUUUUGGGAUUCGAUCACGUAAUUGCGAAUAUGUUUUAUAUUCCCAUGGCGAUUUUCUUGGGGGCGCCGCAGAUUAGUGUGGGCUUGUAUAUUUGGAAGAGUAUGAUUCCGGCGCUGCUGGGUAAUAUUGUGGGUGGAGGCUUGUUUGUCGGUGUCGUGUAUUGGUAUCUGUAUCUGGCUGGCAAUGCUGAGCCGGUCCUGAUCGAUGGGAACAGUUAUGGGGGCCCGCCGAUGUCGUUGUUUGGGGUUAAUGCCGAUGUUGAAGAGGCGCCGGCUCAGAUGUCUAGGAGAGAGUCUGAUAAAACGAGCAUGGUUUGA